ACCGUUCUUUUAAUACAAGCAUUUCUCGCAUUCUCGAAAAAUCAACAAACAGAAUAGCUUUUUCGCCUUUAUAUAAACCAUAUCUUACUUCAAGUUUAAAAAGAUAUGGCGUUUUCUCAAGGUCCACGUUAGAAGUUAAAGGCUGGGUUUACAGUCCUGAAGUCUUUGAAGCUUUACAAGGAAAUAAACCCCUUGUAGCUUUAGAAUCUACCGUAAUAAGCCAUGGUAUGCAAUAUCCUCAGAAUUUGGAAACAGCAGUAGCAAUUGAAAAUAUAGUUAGGGAAAAUGGUAGCAUACCUGCAACUAUAGCAAUUUUAAAUGGAAAAAUUAAUGUAGGUUUGUCGUCUAAUGGAUUAGAGACACUUGCACAAAUGGGACAAAAAGCAAGAAAAAGUUCUCGUCGAGAUCUUGCAUAUGUUGUUUCACAGGGAUUAACAGGAUCUACAACUGUCUCCGGAACAAUGGUUAUAGCUCAUCGUGCAGGAAUUAGAGUGUUUGUUACUGGUGGCAUAGGAGGCGUUCAUUGGGGCGCAGAAAAAUCUAUGGAUGUAAGUGCUGAUUUGGUUGAAUUGGGAAGAACUCCCGUAGCUGUUGUGUGUGCGGGAGUUAAAUCAAUAUUGGAUAUUGAGAAAACUUUGGAAUAUCUGGAAACUCAAGGUGUAUCAGUAACAACAUUUGGGGAAACGAGAGAUUUUCCAGCCUUUUUUACACCAAGGAGUGGAUUUAUGAGUCCAUCAAAUUUGAAAACUGUAAAAGAGUGUGCUGCUUUAAUAGAUGCAAAUAUACAACUUCAACUAAAUAGCGGAAUGCUUAUAGCAGUACCAAUACCCGAAAAUGAGGCUGCUGAUGCUAAUAAAAUACAGGAAGCAUUAAGUAUUGCUUUAGCUGAAGCAAAAGAAAUUAGUGGAAAAGAUAUAACCCCAUUUUUGCUUAAAAGAAUUAAUGAAAUUACACAAGGGGAUUCUUUAAAGUCAAACAUUUCAUUAUUAAAAAAUAAUGCUAAAAUUGGAAGUCAAAUUGCAAAAUGUUUGCUAAAUUAAUAAAUCAGAAAAGGAUGUGAGUAAAAUUGAUAAGGACUCUUUAUGAAUAAUAAUAUAUAAUUUUUAAAUAAAAGAAAAUUAAAGAAUAUGCGAUAAAAUAUUUUUAAAAAAUUAUAUAUUAAUUUAACCAAAUAAAUA